AUGUACUCUCCCAGUCAACCGGCACGCACGGUCAGGGAUCUUCCGGACGAGAUUCUGCGCUACAUCGUCCUGGAGCUACCAUACGUCACUCACAGAGGAAAGGCAGACCUGACUUAUCGGUCCCUCACGCAAGUGUGCAGGUGGUUUCGUGGUGUGGUCAUUGGCACUUCAGAGCGUUGGGCAUAUGACAUGAGACCAUAUCGCGGUAUCGACGCCUGGGUUUUUUAUCUCGACCUAGCUCGCCAGCGUCAGCUUCAUGUUCACAUUCGCGAAGCGCUGAGUGUAGAACUCCUUCACGCGAUACGAAAGGAAGCGCACAGGACGAGCGCCAUAUCCAUCAGCAAAAUCCACGCAAGACUCGCUGGCCCCAUUCUCCUUGCCAUCCUUCCCGGGGCCUCGUUUGGUGUGCUCGACCUCUAUGGUCUGAAGGGAGAGCUUCCCCCAAUCAACGCACACCACCUCUCGACCUUGAAGAUCAGAAAGUGCCGUAACAUCAACGACAAGAGCCUGGCGUCCUCUCUCAAGGGUUGCGCGCAGCUACGGGAGCUUGUCCUACACGACCUACCCUCCGUACACUUCCAAGGGAGCGGGCAGAGCAGCGCAGUCGAAGCCGUCAAACUGCUCAACUAUCUUCAGCGACUUGACAUUAGGAAUAUCGGCAAAAGUUCACCAACGUCUGGAAUGGAACCCUUCAUCAGCGCGCUAAAACCUAGCCGGGAUCUCCGCUUCCACAUCUCCGAUCCCAAAUACAAGGUCUUGAUCGCGCUCUUGAAGAACAUGCGCCAUUACAUCAAAGGAGAUCUUUACUUGAAAAUGACGGGCACCACCAUCUCUUUGGGAUCUCACAAGGAAGAUGAGCCGUCAUGCUCCUUCGUCCUCGAGGGAGACUUGGUGUACCUCCCGCGCGCGUUUAGCAGUCUCACAGAACUUGAGACUGGCCUAUCAAAGGUCACCGUGCUUGAUGUGGUCAUUAUGUCUUCGCAAGAGACCCCCAAGCUGGAAAAGCGAGCAUGGCGGGACAUACUCCGAGGCCUACCAAACGUCACGCGUCUAAACAUCUCGUGCCAUCCCGAUCACAGACAAUCUCCUAACAGCAGCCUACUUUUUCACCUAUUUCAGUGCUUGGCAGCACCCGAUACCCCAACCGGCCGUGUUUUCAUCCUAUCUAAACUCCGGCACCUCAGCAUUGACGCUUCGAUAGACGAAAAUUGCGUCCCCGUAUACGACGUCGAGAAGGUCAUAUAUAGGUUCCAGGCAGAGUGCACGUCUCUAGGAGAACCUAGCGUGACGGUGGAGAUGACAGGCUUCAACGACCCGGAGUCGAACAACACCAAAGAGAGACUCCUGCUAGAAGCGCAGGCGGCUGGCUCCGGACUCGAUCUUCUCCUCGUUCAAGGCGGCCAUUGGAUCACAAGCGAGCACAAUGAGAAUGAGAGGACGAAGGGUAAAGGGACAGAUCUAGACCAGUCGGUUCUAGCAAGCCCGUCAAAAACGACCCCUACCGAUGUUUCGUCUUCCACUUCCCUUCCCACAUCCGAUCCCGCCUCAUCUUGCCGAGCAAGCCCCCCGUCGACUUCGAAUCCAUCUCCAUCUGUCUCUCCGAGCGGUGUGAGCGACAGCAGCGACGCGAAGCCUGUCGAGGAGCAGGACACGUCUCUUCAUCAGAAUGGCGACGACGUACCGCCAGCCAGUCACAUAAGCCAGCUGACUACGGGAGGAGAGAAGCCGCCACCUUUUGUAAUAGAAGUGGAGGACAACACAGAGGAUUCAAAAGCUGAGCAGGAGAAAGGUGAGGCGCUGAAGUUGGCGAAGAGAAAGGUACAGACGGAGGAGACGAGACGACAGGCGCUGGCGGCAGAGCCUUCGAGAUCAUAG